ACACUUGUUUUCCGCUGAAUAGGUGCAGCCGUUUGCAUCAGUGAAAGGUGUAAUAGAGUCAUCUAGGGCGUGCUGAAAUGGAUUUUCAACACAGAGCUGGAGGUAAGACGGGCACGGGCGGAGUGGCAUCAUGGUCGGAGAGCAACAGGGACCGUCGCGAACGCCUCCGGCAACUCGCUCUCGAAACUAUCGAUCUGAACAAGGAUCCAUACUUCAUGAAAAAUCAUCUGGGUUCGUAUGAGUGCAAGCUCUGUUUGACUCUACACAACAAUGAGGGAAGUUACCUUGCACAUACACAAGGCAAAAAGCAUCAAGCCAACUUAGCACGGCGUGCUGCAAAAGAAGCAAAGGAAGCUCCCGCACAGCCCGCGCCAGAGAAGGCACGUGUGGACAUUCGUAAAUUUGUUAAGAUUGGUCGACCUGGCUACAAAGUCACUAAACAAAGGGAUCCAGAUUCUGGGCAACAAAGUCUCCUAUUUCAGAUUGAUUACCCAGAGGUAGUAGAUGGUGUUGUUCCAAAACAUAGAUUCAUGUCUGCAUACGAACAGAAGGUGGAACCACCUGACAGAAAAUGGCAAUAUUUGCUAUUUGCUGCGGAACCAUAUGAGACUAUUUCAUUCAAGGUCCCAAGCAGAGAGGUUGAUAAAUCAGAUAAGAAGAGAUUCUGGACUUUAUGGAAUAAAGACACAAAGCAGUUUUUCCUGCAGUUCAGCUUCAAGGCAGAUCAACGGCAGGAGCCAUAUCAGAGAGAUCUCCCGAGGCCCCCUCCUCCGGCUGCAAGUCAACCUCCACCUGCUCCUCAAGGCCCCCCACCCCCAGCCGGACCACCUCCAGCGGGACCACCCCCUGGUAUGCGCCCUCCUGCCCCCCAUGGCCCUCCUCCGCUGCAGAGCAAUCUACCUACGCAGGGUGGGCCACAUCCUCCUCCUGGACCACAUCCUCCUCCUGGACCACCUCCCCCUCGAGGCCCUCCUACUAGCAUGCCCCAUAUGCCUCCCCCACCACCUCCACCAAUGAUGAACUUUGGAGGUCCUCCCCCGCGUUAAUGUGCCGUUGUUAUGUGGUAGAAUCGUAAAUAUUGCUCGUUUUUGUGUCAUUAGUGAAAGUCAGCAUUCCAGGAAAUUGCUGUUUUUGAGUUUAAAUCACCUUUAUAACUGUCGCACAACCAGAUUAGAAAAUUGUAACACUGUAAUUCAAGUUAGUAUUUGCGAGCUUGAUUUAAGAAAUGUGGUAAUGUAUGCUAGACUUUGGUUGUUACAGUCAAAUAAAACUAUCAUGAGUUUCUUAUAUGAA